GCUGCAGCGGCGCCGCGUCCAGGCAGAACCAGCGCUAACAAUGGCAGCCGCCUCGGAGCUCCAGCUGGACCUGCUGCCCUCAGACCCGCUGCUCCACGUCCUGUCCUACCUGAGCUUCAGAGACCUGCUCCGCUGCAGCUAUGUGAGCAAGAGGCUGAACGAGCUGAGCAAACACAACCCACUGUGGAAGCGACACUGCUGCAAACACUGGCUGCUGACAGACGCCGACCGGUCGCAGCGGGGCCUGUCCUGGUACGGCCUCUUCAGACACUACUACUCUGACCUGGGUCGCUACAUCCAGCACUACGCGGCGCUGAAGAAGGCCUGGGAGCAGCUGAAGGGCUUCCUGCAGCAGAGAUGUCCUCGGAUGAUCGUUUCGCUCAAAGAUGGCGCCACCGAGCAGGAGCUGGACGACGUGGAGGCUCAGAUCGGGUGCAAACUUUCGGACGAUUACCGCUGCUCCUUCCGCAUCCACAACGGCCAGAAGCUGGUCAUCCCAGGGCUGAUGGGCAGCAUGUCUCUCUCCAACCACUACCGCUCUGAAGUGCUGCUGGACGUGGAGACGGCGGCGGGGGGCUUCCAGCACAGGAAGGGAAUGAGGCGCUCGCUGCCGCUCACCUUCUGCUUCCAUACCGGGCUCAGCCAGUAUGUGGCGCUGGAGGACGCCGAGGGACGCAAGACGGGGGAGAGCUUCUACCCGUGUCCUGAUCAAACGGCCCAGGACCCGUCGGCCAUCGACAUGUUCAUCACAGGCUCCAGCUACUUGGACUGGUUCACAUCCUACGUCGCCAACGUCGUCACAGGAGAAUACCCAAUCAUCAAGGACCAGAUCUUCAGGUACACGCACGAGAAGGGCUGCGUGGCGACCACCGGCGACAUCACCGUCUCCGUCUCCACCUCCUUCCUGCCGGAGCUGUCGUCGGUCCACCCGCCGCACUUCUUCUUCACCUACCGCAUCAGGAUAGAAAUGUCCAGGGGCGCCUCUCCCAAAGCCGCGUGCCAGCUGGACAGCCGCUACUGGAAGAUCACCACCUCCGACGGGAACGUGGAGGAAGUGCAGGGUCCGGGCGUGGUCGGAGAGUUUCCGGUCAUGACGCCCGGGAAGGUGCACGAGUACGCCAGCUGCACCACCUUCUCCACGCCGUCCGAGUUCAUGGAGGGCCACUACACCUUCCACAGACUAGCCAACAAGGAGGAGGUGUUCCAGGUGGCCAUCCCUCGCUUCCACAUGGUCUGUCCUCCGUACCGAGAGCCGGAGUCUCGAACCAAAGCGUCGACCAGCGACUCGCCUCCCUUCGACAACGAUGGCCAAGACGACGACGGCGGUGACGAUCGCGACCGAGGAAGGUUCGGCGGCCUGAGGGGCAUCAACACCUCGGCGCUGGACGGCCUGCGGUGCCCCAAGUUCACCUGAGCUGCAGGCGGCCGCAGCGCCGCCAACGAGCCAUAAACUCAAACUGAAUCACUUGAACUUCCAGUUGCCAAACUGCACCUGAGUCGGUGCGCCGUUUUCAGGAAAA